UCUUCUGUUGUUACAGCAGGAGGAGCGCACACUGACCAUAGAGCAGUGGGAGUGCAGCAUCACACUGGUGAAUCCAUCCUCUGACCGGUACAAUCCAAAAGGUGCAACAAUGUCUCCAAACACCAGCGUGGAUUUCUUGGAAGCGAAUCGUUCCUUUGACGCUCCAUCCUCCUAGCGCGUCUUCUGCAGGGAACGCGAUGUCCUGGAUGUAUUUUCUCCGGAGAUUGUACAAAGUGGAGAGGGAAUAAAAAGCGCAGCAGCUCGCUGAAGGAAAAAAAAGGAGAAGGAGUGGAAGGAGCCAUGUGGAGAAGAGCCACGUCCCUCGGCGGUGGGAGCAGCGGAGGCUAAAAAGCGACACUAACAGGAGAGCAUUAUUUGCGCUUUCUUGGAGAAAAAGAUCCGUCGAUGAGGAAACAAAGAGAGACGAGAUGGUAGAGAAUGGCCGCACCUGACCUUCUUGACCCGAAGUCUGCCGCCCACAACUCCAAACCUCGCCUGUCAUUCUCGGUAAUCAAUCCGGUGGUGCUGAACACUCCAGACGACGACGACGACGACGAGUGCGUCACCCGAACUACUGUCAUGAGGUGGAAAACUGUGUCAGCCAUCUUCUUCCUGGUGGUGCUUUACCUCAUCAUCGGGGCGACGGUGUUCAGAGCGCUGGAGCAGCCUCACGAGAGCUCCCAGAAGCUGGCCAUUCUCGCUGAAAAACUGGACUUCUUGGCCAUGCACGCCUGCGUCAACUCCUCCGAGCUGGAGGAUUUGGUAAAGCAAGUGGUUUCAGCAGUCCGAGCAGGCGUGAACCCUUCAGGAAAUGCAUCCAAUGGGACAAGCCUCUGGGACAUCAGUUCCUCCUUUUUCUUUGCUGGGACUGUUAUCACCACUAUCGGAUUUGGGAACAUCUCUCCUCACACAGAAGGUGGGCGGAUCUUCUGCAUAAUUUACGCUCUGCUCGGGAUUCCCCUAUUUGGAUUCUUACUGGCUGGUGUCGGGGACCAGUUGGGGACCAUUUUUGGGAAGGGCAUCGCCAAAGUAGAGAAGAUGAUUGUGAAGUGGAAAGUCAGCCGGACGAAGAUCCGUGUCUUCUCAACGCUGAUCUUCAUCCUGUUCGGUUGCCUCAUCUUCGUGGCGCUGCCGGUCAUCAUCUUCAAGCACAUCGAGGGGUGGAGCACGCUCGAGUCCAUCUACUUUGUCGUCAUCACCCUCACCACCAUCGGCUUUGGAGACUUUGUCGCUGGGGAAAAAGGUGGUUCAGAGAAUCCAGAGUUUCUGAACUACUACAAGCCCGUGGUGUGGUUCUGGAUCCUGGUGGGCCUGGCGUACUUUGCCGCUGUGCUCAGUAUGAUCGGAGACUGGUUUCGGGUCAUCUCCAAGAAAACUAAAGAGGAGGUCGGGGAGUUUCGGGCUCACGCAGCCGAGUGGACGGCAAACGUGUCGGCGGAGUUCAAAGAGACCCGGCGGCGACUCAGCGUUGACAUCUACGACAAGUUCCAACGUGCCGCAUCCAUCAAGCGCAAGCUGUCAUCAGAGCUGGGUAUCAACCAGGAAUUGACCCCUGGCAAGAGGGCGCUGUCCACCAACCUGUGUGAGGACAGAGAGGCCUACUUGACUCUCUCCCUCAGUCCCUGCACGUCACUGGCAAGGAACGGCAGUCUCUACCUGAACGGCCUCAGCCCGGACUACGCUGACCGGCGGGAGAUCGCCAUCAUUGAAAAUCUAAAAUGAGGAGCAGCGUGAAAAGGAGAUUCAGGGAACUGAGUGAGACAGCGGCUUAAAAACACACUUUUGUGCUUAUUGACUGAGCAUCUGUGAUAAGGAACCCGUGCGUAUUCAUUAAGCGGAUUGUGCUCCAAUCAUUGAUUGAAAACCUCGAGAGUGACUCAAACACAGAUCAAUCGUCAAGCUCCGUACUUUAAUGUGCGUGAUUAAAACUCAAAAACAGAUUCCAUUCAUUCAACGGAGGAGGCCGACUUCCUUUCAUUGUGUCUGUGCCAACGUGAUCGACAGCUGUGCUAGCGAUUGAGACAAAUGCUCCCGACUGGAACAAAUGAUUGUACCAGAGGCAUGAGUUUAACAGACUUUAUCUCAUGAGCCGGAAGGAAAUGAAAGCCCAUAUUGAGGUAGCAACGCACUGGAAACCUUCAUCAUAUACCCACAAACAAGCCUGUAAACACACCGAAAUAAAUCCAUUCAUCAAACUUAGAAAGCAAUAGAUGUAUCUGUGCUCAUCUCUUGUUGAAUUUCCAGAGGCCCUGAAAUCUGCAUCAGAUAAAGAGGAUCCUCACUGCUAAAAAAAACGCUCCAUAAUCACCAAUGAACGCUUGUUCUUGACGAGGCAGCAGUCUUGAAUGUGGCUUUUUUCUUUUUCGUUUACACUUCUUCCAGUAUGAACUCAGUAUGCCUUGCAUUCGCCGGUCAGUCUGCCCUCGCUUAAAGAGACGAAUGUUGACAUUUUUGUUCCUCCGUGACUGACAUUCAGCUUUUUCACCCUAAGGAAUAAUCCACUUGUGCCUUACUGAAAACCACACUGAACAUGUGAGGAUGGUGAUGCAUGAAGGACUGAGCUCCGCUUUGUCUGUCCACUCAUACUUGUUAUAUAUGAGCACAGUAGUAAAAAAAACAAAAGAGACAUAUCAGGAGGCAUCUUUGAAUAAAAACAGUAUGAAGAAGAGACAAAUGGAUGGAGAGGACAUUUUUACUUAUGAGGAAUCUACAGUAUGCAUGGCAACCGAGUGGAGUGUUUCUUAACAACUAGGAAAAUGUCACUUUUCUGUCUGCCAGUGUGAUUUAGCCGUUUCCUACCAGUCUUAAUGUGUCAAGAGAGUUACAUUAACCACACAGCGCCAGGCUCACUGAUCAGACCCCAUUCUCCCUUAUACCAAAGUAAUGAUGCUGUUUUUCUGACAGAAGAAUCAGGUCUUUGGUGUUAUCAAAGGAUCAGGAGUGCUUUCUCUUACUUCUAAAAAUUGAACCCACUGUUAUGUUUUUUUUUUCAUGAAACUGAAGCUGGGUGCAUCAAAACUGUCUUUUUCUCCAAUUGGAAAUAAAUCCCAGCGUGUAUGGUACUACAGCAAUGAAAGCUCUGAGUGUGAAGCAUACUGCAUCUUACCGCUUUUUUUAUGUUGCAGCUCUCAUCUCUACCUUCUCAUAUAAAGUUUGAGAAUAAUCCUUCAGUUGAUUAAGAGGAGAUCCUUUAUGUCUCGCCAAUAAUGAAUGCACAACAUCAGAAAGCUCUAUUUACUGUAUAUCACUGACUUUAGAGGUUGCAUCACAUAGAAAUAGAAGCAUUGAUUUAAAUAAAUGCCUCUAUGUGGCUGAUUUGAUGCUGAUUAUAGAUUCUGAAAAUAUUAGGAAUGUCAUGGCACAGUUAAUAUCUCACUUUGAUUCUUAAUACAGAAUAUACAUUUUUAUUUCAUAUUUUAAACAGGCCCCUUUUAUAAAUCUGGAUGAGAAUGGAGGUUAUACAAGGAUGUUUUAGGUUCUGGUGUCUCCCAGUUGAAUGGUUUGGAUUGUGUGUCUUAUGGUGUAAUUCAGUGCUUUUAUCCAGCACGAUAUGCUGUAAUAUUCUCAAUACAUUUGAUAGUGCUAUUUACAGUUUGUAGCAUUGAAGUAUAUUUACAAUACCAUGUGACUUACAAGACAGUAUGCCAUAUGUGUCAAACCAAGCCUAUCUGCUAUACCAAAUGUCUAUAAUGUAUGGGUUAUCAGGUGGGUAAUCAGGUGGGAACGAGUCUGUUUGGUGAUAAAACUGUGGCAGGAGGAACCGGUUGCACCAGCUCUUUGUAUGUUUAAAAACUCAGUCUAUUUGUAACUUCCCUUUAAAAGCCGGGUGUGCCUGCACCUGGCGCAUUGCUAUAUAAAUGGCGGAUUCUGCUAAUUUUCUACAGUGAAAAUUAUUUUUUUGAAAGGCUAAACGCCAACAAAUAUGGAUUGAGCAGAAUAUUUCGUUAGAUAAAAACAUGCUUUGACUUUUCUUUUUUACUUUUUUGGACUUUACAACGCUUCGGAAACAAUCCUACGCAGCCACCACUGGUAUCUAAUUCUACAAACAGUAUGAUACUAAGAUUAGUGUAGCCUGAUCUGUAUCUGCAACUGUGCCAAAAUACCAGGUUUAAACAGAAUGAAUGGACAAAAAAAGCUGCGCAGCAUUCAAUUGUUGAUUUAUAAUUUGAAUAUUAUCUUUAUGAACGAAGCUUCAAAGCACUCAACUAUUUGGUGCAGCCCUAGAAUUGUCUUAUAUUGAUGAGUUUAAUAUUCUGUUCACUGAUUAGGAGGGCACUCCGUUUACUAUUCGCGCUGUCCAUUGUCGGGGUGGGGGUGCUGAAAUAAUGUUUCCAUGGCAUAUUGAGAAGGGAGGGAAGGGACAGGUAUGUGGUCUUCGGUGGACCCUGUGAAACUAGUUAGCAGUUACUAAGAAAUCAGGAAGAACUUACAAACUUAGCAAUGAAUUUACGAAUAGCUGGUGCAACCCAGACUAUGACAGUAUUAGUAGGUUACAAGUUUGCUCUCUUUUUCUGUUUCUAAAUCUCAUGGUUUUCUUGAAAAGGUUGUCCUAAGCGUGUGCACUGCCUGACUGCACUGUAAGGUCAUCAGCUGUCAAGUGUAAUCAAGUCAAAGAGGAGUCACAAAGGGAUUGCGAAGAAAAUAAGAUAAUAAGGACAGGAGGCUCUUUCAAACAUGGUUGAAUGGAAUACCAUUAUGUUCUUCUGCUUGUGUCUCUAAAAAGCAAUCAAUAGCAUCAAUCUAUGCUGUACUGACUUGCAAUACACUGAAAGAAAGACUACUAUUACAUUAAGGCUGAGUUGCCUGAGGGGGAAGCAGUCCGAGCCUUAGUGCAGCUGCUCACGGCCAAGCCCCCAGAAGUCGUCCUAUUGCUUUUUCCCAGUCGGCCGUGUGAUUGACAGUCACUGAGAGGCGAGCUGUCAGCGCUGAUUGAAAGUCAAGGAGUGCUGUCGAUGGAGCGUUAUGUAAUAUGUCAGGCCACGUGUGAGGAUACCCUGCAUGAUUGUGUUUACAGUAAGCGUGUGUGUGUGCAUGAAUGAAUGAAUGCGCGUGUGCAUUGGGGUUUGACAAAACUCAUUUAAUUUCCACCCACAGCCUUUUCACAGGGCAUCCUCUUCUGUUCCCAGGGUGACAUUUCUUAAUUAAGUCUGUGGCUGCAUAGAAAUCCCUGAUCAAGCAUGUUGAAUGUACCUAUCCAUUCAUGUCGGCAGAGAUGAGCCUCAUUAUGAAUGUAAACACAUUCAUGAUUUAAACAGUGUGAUUUAUGUAUGCAAAGGAGUUCAAUUAGGGUGUGCUGUGAAAACAACUACCGGCUUUUUGAAGCCACUGGCCCCUCAUUUUAUUUAAGAAACAUGAUGCCAUAAAAACAUGUGCCAAUCAUAGUCAUACUGAUCAUAAGAGAUAACAGUGUUAUCUGGUUUCAGAAAGCUGUAAUAGAAAUGUGCAUCAGUGACAUCAAGAUCCAUUUUUUAUGAAACACUACUUUGGAUUUAGUCAACUUCCUAAAAUGUAUGCAUGAAAAUCUUUUUAAAUAAGACCCAUUAAAGGCAAACCAAAUUUACCGUUUACUAGCCAAUACACCCAUCUGUAAAAAUGUGCCAAUAUACAUGUGAAGGAUCAUGAACACACAUGCACAUUUUAUAAAAAAUUGUUGCAUGCCACUUUUAAAUGUUACUUCCAGUGUUUAUAGAUCAGAUAUGUCUCUAAUUGCAGGCUUUGCUUUUGAUUACAUGGCAACCAUGUGUUUCCAGUAUGUUAAUACGUUAAUGUGGGUAUGUCAACUCAAAUCAUGAAAACUUUUCAGAAGGUUUAGAAUAAAAUAUUUUAUAUGCAAAAAGA